UAGGAGAGCAGCAGUUUCUGGAGUUCUCAUUUCCAUACCACUAUGACAAGAUGUUCCCCGUGUCAGUGUUUGAAGGGAACAUGCGAGUCCCGGAGGCUGAUCCUGUUUGUGAUUGCAGUGGCCAUGUUUGUGGAUUGUAUUCUGUUCUCAGUUGUCGCUCCAAUCGCCCCAGCUUUGCUUUAUGACACAGAGUAUGGGAAAGGAAACACAACUAUAACCAUUCACGACUCCGAUUUUUCCUCUGUUAUUCUUUCAAAUCUUUCGAUCUUUGAAAACUCAACAAAAGCACUGUACAAUGACCAGAUGGUUAAUAGUACAGCGAGUGGCGGAAAUCAAACGGAGUGCUACGAGGGGAAGGACUACUUAAAUGAAGUGAAUGUGAGAGUGGGUCUUCUCCUUGCUAUUAAAGCCAUACUGCAGAUUCUGAUAAACCCCAUAGUGGGUAAACUCAUUAACAGAACUGGAUAUGAUGCCCCAUUGUUUUAUGGCUCUAUCAUUAUGUUUAUCUCCACUAUCAUGUUUGCCUUUGCCGAUUCAUAUGCCUUUCUUUGUGUGGCCAGGGGGCUGCAGGGAAUCGGAUCAUCCUUCACUAUAGUACCAGCUAUGGGCAUGCUGGCACAUUUGUUUCCUGAUGAUGCUGAAAGAGGCAAAGUCAUGGGACUAGCCAUGAGUGGUAUUGCCACUGGUGUGCUUGUGGGGCCUCCCUUUGGUUCUGCCAUGUAUGAGUUUGUUGGAAAGUCUUCUCCAUUUAUGGUUAUAGCAGCCUUGGCUCUUCUAUAUGGAGCACUACAGCUUUGUAUACUUCGACCUAUGAAAUUUUCCCCAGUAGCUGUUCCCGCAACACCCUUCAGGGAUCUUCUCAUGGAUCCUUACAUUUUGGUGGCAGCAGUGGGUCUCUGUAUUGGUAAUCUUACAUUUGGCAUGCUGGAGCCAACUUUAACAAUUAGAAUGAUGGAAGCCAUGUGUGCCCCCCGCUAUCAACUUGGUCUGGCUUUUCUACCAUGUAUGGUUGUAUAUUUCAUUUGUCUGAAUGGAUUUGCUAGCCUUGCACAAAAAAUCGGAAGGUAUCUAUGCAUUUUGUUUGGAAUGAUCAUCCUAGGGAUCAGCGUCAUUUGUAUGCCUUUAGCUUUAAAUAUUUAUGGACUCAUUGGACCUAGUGCUGCACUGGGAAUCGGCUUUGGGUUGAUGGAAACAUCAAUAAUGCCACUCAUGGCACAACUGGUAGAUUUACGUCACACUUCAAACUAUGGGGGCAUCUACGCCAUCUCUGAUAUCGCCCUCUGUAUUGGUUAUGCACUGGGUCCAUCAUGUGGAGGAGCCAUCGCCAAAGCUGUUGGGUUCAAAUGGUUAAUGAUUAUAUUAGGUAUAAUAAACAUUGCAUUUGCCCCUCUCUUCAUUCUAGUGCGCAACCCACCUGGAAAAGAGGAGACAAAGCCUCUACUAAGCCAAGAAGGGAUACAAGCCUCAUGAUGCUAAAGACAUUUCUGCAGAUAUGUCUCACAGACACCAGCGGCAAGGAGAUGGCCUAUUAAGGACAAGCCCAGUUUCUAUUUUAGCAUGUGCAAUUAUGUAUUCUCACACUGAGGGGUGAUGUUGAUCGUAAGGGCUAUUGUUUUCUAGAGAUGCACUAUAUUGUUAUAGCUUCUUUCAGAAGCAGUUUUUUUAUUCAGACAUUGGAAGUGGAAAAUAAUGUAGUCUAUGAGAGACGGCCUUUCCAGAAUUUGGAGUUUUCUGGAUCAUGGGUUUCCGUAUAUUGGAUUCCACACCUGUACAGUGAGUGAUAUCAGCUCUUAAAUUUGCCAGGGGUGGCUAUUUGCCUCCUCUAAUAUAGUGGUGCCUGAGGCAAAGUUCUAGUCCUAAGGCAAAACAAACCUAUGUAUGUUGGUCAUUGUAACCCUGUAGCUUUAAGGAUUAUGAAAUUAUUUAUUUUACUAAUAUUACUAAUGAUAUUAAAGGAAUUGUUCAGUAUAAAAAUGAAAACUAGGUAAAUAGGUUGUGCGAAAUUAAAAUAUAAAUUUCUCCAAUAUAGUUAGUUAGCCAAAAUGUAAUGUAUAAAGGCUGGAGUGACUGGAUGUCUAACAUAAUAGCCAGAACACUACUUUCUGCUUUUCAGCUCUCUUGGUUUUCACUGAUUGGUUACCAGGCAGUAACCAAUCAAUGGCUUAAUGUGGACCACAUGGGUCAUAUAUGUUUAUUUUGAAUAUGACCUUCAUGCUGAGGAUCAGUUGCAAACUCACUAAACAGUUGUGUCCUGUGACCCCCCUUAAAAGUCACUGACUAACUCAGAGUUGAAAAGCAGGAAGUUGUAUUCUGUUCAAUAUCCGCUCACUCCAGCUCUUAUGGAAUACAACUAACUAUAUUAGAAACAUUUUGCACAGCCUAUUUAUUUACCCAGUUUUUAUUUUUACACUUAUCAACUGAAUUGAAUAGUACACUGUAUUUAUAUUUUAAUAAAGAUUUGAAUUCUGCACUGUU